UUGAUCGGGCACUGUUGUGCUAUUUAUUGCUGCAUUAUCAGACGAGUCUUCCUCGUCAAGUCAUACUUUUGCCCGAAACUGUGCGAAAUGCGCGUUCAUUAUUCAUUAUUCACUGUGCACCAACACGAACUCAAGCUUGUUGGCACAGUGGGCCUGGAAUGCGGUGCGAUGCUUCUCUCUGCGAUUCAGGCCCACUGUGCGGCAACCAAUGCCCAUGGUAGUGAUGCACGCACACUCGCUCACGUAGCGCACUACAUUUUUUACUCUCGUCGCUCGCCUUUUUUCGAAUGCAUUUUCUUGCAUUGUCAGCAUUUUGCAGCUUUCUGAUUGCCGCUCGCCGUUUUCAGUUUUUAGUUUUCAGUUGCUGUGACGUGCGGCGACUGCGCUAAGUUUCGUUUCGUUCUUUGGCACACUUCGAACCCCCCUGGUCGCCCGCCGAAACCCCCGAAAGCCCCAAAAGCCCCCAAUGGGGGUCCGAAAUUUGGGUCACUUUACAAUUUGCUGACCGAACGAUACACCACCUCGCUUUUGUUUUCCGCUCGACGUCUAUGCAUAUUUAUUCGCCGCUCGGCCAUGCACACUUGCAUUUUAAGUUUGCCUUCGUCGCAGCCUAUUUCCCGGAUUCUCGUUCCCCAAUUUGCCUUGCCAGCACCUCACCCCACGCAUGAUUCACUCUUGAGCGCAUUCAAUCAUUUGUUUUCAUUCACGAAAAUGUGCACAGUGCACGCUCCGUGAAUCAGCUACUGUUGAACCCCCCUCUAGCCCCUCUCCGUUUGGUUCCGCUCCGCCCCUGCUUCCACACCCACACCCACCGCGGGUUCAUUGUGCGUUGCGUUGCGCAUUUCACGGUCGUCGAUCCUGUCCGCACGCAACCAAUGCCAAAACACCCCCCGAAAAGCACAGAGGACGGCGUCCACGGAAUGAGUUCGGUUCGGGUUGCGACAGCGACAAAGCAGGCCAAAGAGGUUUCAUUUGGCUGAUUACUUUCGCGGAACGCAUAUCGAUAGCACUUAAAAAUCAUUAAGAAGUAGUUUAAAGCGGUAUCAAAAUAAAAACUCACUAUUGUAAAUAUUGAUACAACUCGAACGACAACAGCCUGAGGCCCGCUAACAACAAGGCAGGUGCAGGAGGCGGGAACGGAGGCGGAUCAGUGCGUCCCUUGGCGCAGGGCGUCUACAACAACACGUUUUUCAUGCACUCGGCCACGGCGCUGGUGGGCAGCGUGGUAGAGGUGCGCCUGCGGUCGGGCAACAUCUACGAGGGCGUUUUCCGCACAUUCUCGGGCAACUUUGACAUCGCACUGGAGCUACCGGCGUGCAUUAAGUCCAAGAAUUUGCCGGAGGAGGGCAAGGUGCCAAAUCACAUUAUAUUCCCGGCCGAAACUGUGGUGACCAUCGUGGCCAAGGACUUUGACUCGCAAUACGCCACCGCCGGCGCUUUUCAGACGGAUGGCGCUAUAUCUGACAAGUGCAACGGUGCGCGUCUGGACGAGAAGGAGCUGGAACCGUGGGACUCUGGCGCCAAUGGCGACAUUGACAUAGAACUGGAUAAUGCCGCCAACGGCUGGGACCCCAACGAGAUGUUCCGCAAAAACGAGAACACGUUUGGCGUGACCUCCACAUUUGAUGACUCUCUGGCCUCGUACACGGUGCCGUUGGACAAGGGCGACUCCCUGGAGUUUAAAGAGGCCGAGGCCAAGGCCGAGAAGCUGGCCGCCGAGAUCGAGAACAAUCCGACGUGUCGCGAGCGUCUGGAUCUGGAGAACGGCGACGAGGAGGCGCUCUUCGCGGCCGUGGAGCGUCCGUCGGCGGAGCAGGAGCAACGCGGUGAUCGUGGUGACCGCGAGCGCAACGACCGCGAAAGGGAGCGCGAGGAGCGGGACAGGGACCGUGACCGCGAUCGUGGCAACAAGCCGCGCGGCACCGCCGACUUCCAGCUGCGGGAAACUAUGAGCAGCGACCGCUACAUAACCAAGCAGACGCGCAGCAUCACCGGACCGCAGCUAUCGCAUGUUGGCAUGUCCUCUCAGGGCAGCGGCCGUGACCGCGACAAUCGCGGUGAUGGCAACCUGAUGAUGCAGGGCGGCGGCAUGGGCGCCGGGGCGGGCCAAGGCGGCUCCACGCAGUCCACGGCAGCACUAAUGCUGGCCGGCGGCCUGAAGAGCGCGGGUCCGGCCCCGUCUGCCAACGCGGCUGCGGACACGUCCAGCAAGUAUGGCGGCGGUUCGAUGGUGAAGCGCAAGACUGUGCCCCAGGGCGGCAAGGUGAUGCGCAACAAUGUGCCUACCGGCGGCAGCAACGUGCCCGUGUCGCAGGGCGGCAACGGCAACUCCGUGGGCCAGAGCAAGGGCGGCUACCAGCCAUCGAUGGGCAUGCCGGGCCAGUACUCGUACCAGGGUAACUCGCAGAUCAUGCAUGGCUCUUCUCAGUACCGCAACCAAUCUCACAUGAGCGGCUCCAAGCUAAAUGGCGAUGCGAACGCCAACGCUAACAAGCCGCUGCCCCAGCGCCAGAUGCGCCAGUACCAGGGCUCGCAGAGCAACUCGUCGCUCAAUUACGGCGGUGAGCCCCAGUCUCUGGGCAAGCCCAUACACGGCUCCCAUGGAGGUCAUCCCGGGCAGAACAGCAACUCGCCGCCGCUGCAAACGGGCGUGCCUCAGCAGCAGCAGCAGCAGCAGCAACAGCCGCCGCCGCAGCAACAGCAGCAGCAUCAGAACUUGCAGCCACAGGGCCAGAACACGCAACCGACGCGCCAAGUGAGAACGCGCGAUAACCAGAUGCAGGAGCUGCGACAAUUUGGCCAGGACUUUCAACUGGCUCCCAGCAACAAUUCACCGCCCCAGCAGCAACAACAACAGCCGCAGCAGCAGCAAGUACAGCAACAGCAGCAAGUACAGCAGCAGCAGCAGCAACAGCGUGCGUUGCAGCAAUCUGCCUCGCCGCCGCAGCAGCAACAGCCGCAACAGCAACACGUUGUCUUGCUGCCGCAGACGCACUUGCAACAGGCGCACCUCUCUCAGCCACACUAUGUGCCUCAGCAGCAGCCUCAACAGGCGCCGCCACCCCAGCAGCAACAUGUGCCGCUCCACUUGCAACAAAAGGUCCAGCAGCAACAGCAACAGCAGUUGGUGGAGACUCAGCAUCAGCAUGUGCCGAAGCAGCACCAGCCGCAGCCACAAGUGCAGCAACCGCCGCCACAGCUGAUCCAGGAUCCGUCACAACAGCCGUUGCCCAUGUACCAUGCAAUGCCGCCACCGCAGACCUCGCCGGUGGUGAUUACUUCGCCGGUUCUGAUGGAGCAGCCGCCGCCGCCACAGCCCAUGCCGGUGGUGCAGCAGCAACAGCCUCAGCAGCUGGUUACGCCCAAGCCGGAAGUCUCGCCGGCACCGAGCAGCAACACGACAACGCCCACUGGCAUAGCCAGUACGCCCACAACCGGGGUGAUUGCAGGCGCCGGAUCCGAGAAGUCUACGCCAGCAGCUGCCAGUGCGACGAGCAGCUCCACAACGGUGGCUGCAGGCACAGUCGCCGCUGCCGGGGCUGCCAGCGGAACCACGCCGGUGGUGAAGAAGCCACAUGUGCUCAACCCGUCUGCCAAGCCGUUCACGCCCCGCGGGCCCAGCACCCCGAAUCCAUCGCGCCCCCACACGCCACAGACGCCUGUGCCCAUUUACACGACCACAGGAGGACAUGUGCCGGCACCGGCGACCAACCAGCAGAUCUACAUGGUGCAGCCGCAGCACCCAUUCCCGCCUCCCACACAUCCGCAGGCCGGACAGCCACCGCGCCUACGCCGUGGUAACUACGCUCCUAUGGCCGCGUCGCAGAUGCACGUAUCGGCCACUACGGCCACAGGAGCGCCCCUGAUGGCCACCGGACCGAUACCGCAGUUCAUCCAGUAUGGCCCUCCACCGCACCAGCAACAAUUCCAAUCGCAUACGUAUGCGCCGAUGCAGAUGCGUGUGUACCAGGACCAGCCGCAGCAGCUGCAGUUCAUGACGCAGACGCCGCAGUCGACCACGCCGUCGCCGGGCCAGCCGCACCAGCAGUUCCAUCCGCCGCCACAGCCCUCCCCCGCCGGCGGGGGACCCCAGCCGGCGUACACGCCGCCGGCGCAGGCGGCCACCUUCCAGCUGAUGUGCUUGCACCCCCAGUCGCUCUUAGCCAAUCACUAUUUCCAGCCGCCGACGCCGCAGCAUCCGCAGCAGAAUCAACAACAGUAUCAGAUCGUGAUGCAGCAGCAUCAGCCGCAGUGAGAAACCGCCAGCUGGGCAAUGGAGCAAGGGAAGCUGGCAAGCUGGAAGGCGAGGGGAGACGGACAGGAAGACGGAGGCUCCUACGGCUUGGUAAUGUCGCCGUAGCGAGUGGGAGCCAUACGGGCAGCCGUCAUCAAGCAACAGUUACACACACAGAUUCAACACACACAACAUGAAGCACUCACCACAACCGCAUCCGCAUCCAUGUCCGCACCAGCAUUCGCAUCAACCUCGAGUAAACGCGCGGCUUUCUUUGUCGCUCCAAGCGAUUUUCGCCCCACAAUUCACACAAGCCACACAUUCACCCACAUCCUUAUGCCAUGUGCACGAGCGGCUCAUCCUGUAGCACAUCUCUCACAGUCCGAAAACACCAACAACAACUAGGAAAUUAUAAAAUACAAUUAAAACAAAAGGAAACUAGUAAAUUUUUUGAAAUUGCAAGACUUCUACAGCGCACGGAAGCCAAACACAACAACAGCAUGAAACAAACAAUCACUAAUACAAAAACCAAAACGUAUGAGAAA